AUGGACAAAAACGAGGCCGAAACAACUAAGGGCAUAUGUGGGCAAGUGCGCCGGUUUCGCGACAAAACCCCAGACUUGUCAACCGAUUUGUCGUUCGAGGAGCUGAGAAACAAAUUCGAUACAAGUGCGCCCCAUGCGGCGAGAAGGGAAAUCGCUUCGAAUCCCGCCACGCACGGUAGCGCCACUCGACAAGUGGUGAGCGGGAAAAUCUUCAAGAAGUGUAAAAGUGCGACUUUUCAAAUAGAUGGCGCUACAUAUACCAUUGGUGAGUAG